UUUCAUGAUGGCAAUGUUGUCCUUGAUUAAGAUUUGUCUUGUACCUUUUUUCCUAAUAAAUGCUAUAAUUAUAAGUGAUAAAUUGGAAAGGUUUGAACAACUAAAUGGAUAUAGAUGUCAUGAAGGAAACGAAAUUUUCGAGUCAACAAAAUCGGCUAGUGUUUUAGACUGCGCUAGGGUGUGUUCCGUCUUCCCUACGUGCAGUGGUAUAUUUUACCAGCGGGACACGCUGACAUGCGUUGCGUGCCGCUCGCAGUGCAAUGUCAAUACAACUGAAAACGUCAUGACUGGUUCUGUAUUUUAUAAGCGCAAAGUGUGUCCGUCUGCUGACUCAGAUUGGAUAGAUUUACCCAAAGAAUGUUCUAGAAUAAAUGUUCAGCUACAGGAAAUUGUUACUCAUUCCGAGGCUUCGGCGUUCUGCGAGUCGAUCGAUGGACACCUCUUCAAAGUAGACGAGAAAUGGAAAAUGGACUUUAUUGUUGAGCUUCUUCAGGAUUGUCCAGGAUUAGCAGAUCAACAGUUCUGGCUGGAUGGAACGAACGCGAAUGCUGUCGAUUAUUACGCACCGGAUGCUUGGCGUUUCCAUGAUGGCAAAGUAGUUCCUAUGGACAAAUAUUAUUGGGCGAGCCACGCCCCUAAUUCUCCUGAAACACAUCAUUGUUUCAGAAUAGUUAAUGGUCUAUUUGACGACACCCACUGUGAUUUUAAAUUCCUUUUUUUCUGCGAGAAAUUAAGCAUUUGAUC